UAUAAGGCUUUGGAGGGGCUCGUGGAGGUACAAGUAUUGAGUGACCGUUUUCCUAUCUUUUUUACUACAUUUCAAUAAACCUAAACGUACAAUUCGAUACGUCACAUGCCCCAGAUCUUUUUUGAAAGUUUCGCCCAAAGUUGUGGGAGGGGGGUGCUCUCCCACCAUCGAAAGAUCCCAUCUCGAUACUUGAAUAUUCAAAAAUAUCAUCAAAAGAUACAUCUCAUAAAUUUUCAGAAUUUAAAAUGGUAGCACCCUCAUAUAGCGCCAUUUAAAAAUUUGAACUUUCAAUUUGAAAGUUCAACUUUCAACUUUUGAAAAUUUCAAAAUGCUUAAAAAGUUCAAAAUGCAAUGCCCUUUCGAACUGUGAAAUCAGUUUUUAUCAAAGUACUAUAGCUUUGGAGAAAUGCGCUGCUGUAGUUCAGUACCUCGAGGCAAUGUGAAAAUAAGGAAAGGCCCCCCCACCCGCCCCCCUGAGAGGGCUGGUACCAAACUGAUUGCGGGUUUCUUACUUAUUGGGUGGGUAGAUAUUGUAGAAAAAAUGUGAGCGAAAUCGAACGACAUGACUCAAAAACGUUGGUCGAAUUGACAUGGAAUGACCCUACUGUAAUUAUUAAGGGAACCCUUAUUUGACAUGAUGUUUUGAGGAACCUCAACUCGAAGGGGAGGGGAGUUGCAGCGAAAUUAGGUGAAGCACAAACAAGCACAAACGAAAUACAAACGAUUUCAUCAAUUUUUUCCCCUUAAUUUCCAUUUCUAAGGCCCUUUUCAAAAACCAUUUCUCCAGCCCCCCCACAAGUUAUCCUCAUUUUCUUGGGAAGGGGCGAAGCACAAACGACGGGAGUUGAAGCACAAACAAGCACUAACGAAGCACAAACGAUUGACACCAUUUUCAAUCCGAUCGGCAGUGGUGGGGAGGCUCGCAUUUCCCCAGCCCCCCCACAAGAUGUCCUCAUUUUCUUGGGAAGGGGCGAAGCACAAACGACGGGACUUGAAGCACAAACAAGCACAAACAAGCACAAACAAAGCACAAACGAUUGACACCAUUUUCAACCCAUUUGGUCGUGGUGGGGGGCUCACGUUUCCCCAGCCCCCCCACAAACUUUUCUCAAUAUCUCUGAAAGGGUUAAAGCACAAACGACCGGACUUGAAGCACAAACAAGCACAAACGAAGCACAAACGAAUGACCUGACUUAGACCCUUUUUGGCCGGGGUGGGGGGCUGGGGAAAUGCACCUGUAACUUUUGGCAUAAAAUUUGCGAAUUUUGGCAAUUUUUUCCAAAAAAAAACUGCAAAAAUUUGUUGUACUCAAUUUUUUAUAAAAAAGUAAAACUUUUUAUCAAUUUCCAAAAAAAUAAACUUUUUGAAAAUUUUCAGUAUUUUUAGGAAAGUAGCAAAUUUUUGUUGCAAUUUUGCCAAAAGCGAGAAUUAUUUCCAUUCUAUUUAUGUCAGAAAGCAACACUAUAUGGAAAUUACCUGUGUACUAUUUAUUUUUUGUUUGCAAUUUUCGUCGAUAGAAUGCGAAUUUUUUCUGCAGAUUUUUCGUAAAAGAGAGACCUUUUUUUGAAAAUGGUGGCAAAAAUCCAGAUUAAUAAUUUUAGCAAAAAUGUAAAGAUUUUAGGCAAUUUUUGGCAACAAAGCGAAAUUUUUGAGCAUUUUUGAGAAACAAAACGUGAAACAUUCGGAAUUUUCAGCAAACAGGCGACAAUUUUUAGCAAUUUUUUGAAAAUUUUCACAAAAACCGAACUUUUUGGCUAUUUAUAGCAAAAAAUCCAUUUCACUUUUUUCUCGAAGAGUUUUUUUUUUAUGAUCAAUUUCUCAACAUUUCAACCUCGCCUUUGACCUUAAGCUAUGGUUCCUGUUCUAACAAUUUUUCAUUGCAUAUUUUGCAUAGUGACAUCGCCCCCUUCCCCCAAAUUCAAAAACACGCAUCAAUCACUAAUUUUCACCUACACUGUUUUUAUAAAAAUUCAGUUCUCGGAUAGAGCUUCUGGAGAUCUCUAUACUUUCCAUCCACCUUCAGAUCUUGACUUCAUUUCUCAACUAGGUACUCCAUACCGAAGGAAAUUGAAUCCCCUAAAGCUGAUUGUCCCCCUCCCCGCACGAUAUGCAAGACACAUUUGCCAUAAGACGUCAAUAUUAUUCUAGAAAAAUGUAUCUACACAAUUUAGAGGGUCAUUCUACGACAAUUGGACCAAGAAGUGGUAGGAUGGAUACGGCGAUUUUUUUGAAAUUUUUCCUCUAGAAAGACCUUUUGAAGGGAUGACCAAUGGUGCAAAUUGCAGCCCUCCAGCCCAUUUUUAAAGGCAGCCAGGGGGUGUCAAAGUUUUCAGUGAACCUAAAGUAUUAUCAUCCAUUUCAGUAAAGGAUUACUCGAUAACCGCGAUACCUACCAAAAUUGAACUUUUCUCCAUAGUUGGUGUUUUGAAAGGCUUUUUGGUGAUAUAAUAAAAAUCAGUGUUGCCACUUUUUUUCGUACAAAAAAUUAGCUCGAAAAGUUUCAAAACAUAAUUUUCAUAUUGUUCCGACUCUCAAAAAUUCUGAAAAAAGUACAUAUAUGAUGGACAACUUUUCAUGCUGAACAACAUAUUGAAAAAUAUGUCGCAAAGUCAAUUUAAAACAAAUUUUAAGUUUGCGAAAAAAAUGCGAUUUUUUGAUUCAAAACAUGAAAAAAAGUUUUGGUUGGUAAAGUUGACACAUUUGACCCCUAUUUUUACGUAUCUGUUGAAAAAGUUGAAAAAACUCUUUCACUCGACGAAAUGAACUCAUCACAAAAAAAAUCAAAAUUUGAACAAAUUCAAUUUUCAAUUACAAGCAUCAAAAAGUUUAAAUUUAUUCUGUUGUCUUAUUUUAAUCUCUUUCUGACGUAUUUCAUGAAAAACUUGGUAAAAAUCACACUCAUAGCAAAAAAAAUUAAAAUUCGUUCAUUUUUUUGAAUUUUGAUUUUUUUGUGAUCCUUUUGGAAGGUCUUUCCACAGGAAAAAUUUCAAAAAAAUUGCCGAACCCACCUACCACUUCUUGGUUCAAUUGACGUGGAAUAACCCCAGAGAAGUUUUCGUUUAACGAAAAACUUGUUCCAUUAAUUCUACGAAAUUGAGCCUUUAGUAGUUCUUUCAACUUUCAAGCCAUUCCAAAUGAUGAUCUCCGAAGGAGAUAAAGAAUAAAAAAAAGAUUUUCCAAUGCCUAAAUGAGUACAAAGUUAAGAAUUUGUAAUUUUGCACCUAAUUAUCAUUUCAAAUUACAUCGAAUUUGUUUUCUGCCAGACUACAAAGUGUUCCACUUUUUUGUUUUAGAAAUUUGAUUUUUAAUCGAAAAUUCUUAUCAAAAGGAAAUAGGAUAAAUAAUUUGAUGAUGAAUGAUCAAAUUUCAUUUAUAGAAAAUCUCUUCCUAAUCUGACAAUAUGAUUAAAACGUGAUAAUCAGCGUUAAGCACAUACAAUUCCAAGAAAAUAUUGACUAAGAACAUUUUUUCACUCAAGUACCUACCUAUUAGGAUUUUCAAACAGUGUGUGUUAAAUUUGUAUAGAAUUCCUUUGUGUCUGAACUUCUAUCAGAAGAAAAAAAAAUUUGAGAAACAGUUGAAACUUCAUGUUGUUAACUUGUACCUAUUUCAUAAAAAUUUCUGUUGUAAUCCAGUACACAUUCACUCAGUAUGCUUCCAAUAUUAGUAAGUCAAGAGAAUUCCUAGUGACAGUAUGGACUGGAUAACACUACGUGAGCAAAACCACCUGCAUGCAGAUAAGACUGCUUACCUCGAAUAUAUGCUGACCGGCGAACGCAAGCGUAAAUUCUUCUUUAUGCAUCGUCCUCGCGGAUUUGGAAAGUCGUCGUUCCUAAAAAUGGCUGAGUGUUUUGUUCGCGGCAAUGAAUCUCUAUUUCAAGGUCUGAAAAUUAACGAACAAGGUAAUGGAAAAUUCUUUUACACUGAUAGACACAUGUGUGACUAUGAAAAGAUGUAUCUAUCUGCAGAAGUAACAUGGAUUAAGUGCCCCGUAAUUCAUCUAGAUUUCGAAGCUAUCACAAAGUUUGAAACUAUCGACCAGUUUAAAAAUUCUUUCUCCCAACAGCUGAAGAACAUCGCGCAAAGUUACAAUCUGCCUUACUCAGACAGUGAAUUUGAUAUGAGUGAAUUGAUAAACAAGGUUCUCAAAAAAUUCAAGUACUGCAAAUUCAUCAUUCUUAUUAACGAAUAUGAUGCACCCUUCAGGCGAGCAUUGUAUAACGAUAACCCUGAACUAGCAGAAAAAAUUAAAAUCUUCAUCAGUACGUUAUUAGAUAGUUUCACAGAUAAGAGUACAUACUACAACUAUCCGAGGCUCGGAUUAGUUCUGGCAUUGGGCACUUCGAGACUCCAGAUGGAUAGUUUGAAAUAUACUUACGUUGAUUUAACCUUUGAGGAGCAAUAUGCGGGUGCUUUUGGUUUCACAAAUGAAGAUAUUGAAAAUUUCCAUCCUGAAAUUACCCAUAAAUUCAAUUUGCAAAAUCGAAAAGAAUUUGACGAAUUUACUGACGAAUUGAGAAAUAUAUAUCAUGGUCAUAAUUUUGUAUUCCAAAAUAGUACUAAAGAUGUGAACGUGUGGAAUCCUGCAUCCAUUGUAAAUUAUCUGGACAAGAAAACAUUUGUACUUAGUAAUUGGAUCUCAAACGACUCUAUGCAGGAGAUAGUUCGAAAACUAUAUUUUUCUCAAAUCCUUUUGCAACGAUUUGAAAAUUUACAAGUAUCGAAGAAAGAACUCCAGCGAGGACGUACUAAUCUGUCCGUACAAGGGAUUCCGAUUGAAAUUCUAAUGUUUGAAAAUGGGUAUUUGACCAUCUCAACUUACAAUGAAAGAACCAAAAGUGUCACGUUGAAGUUUCCAAGUGAAGAAAUCAAAACAACUUUGGAAAGCGCAAUCGAAAAGUACCAUCCAAUAAAGGAAGAUUACAUUCUUAGUGAGUCCACUUGUAUGCGAGAACUAACAUGGUACCUACAUGUGGGUGACAUAGUGGGGGCUAUGGAUGGGUUGAAGUGUCUAUUCAGAACACUUGACCAAGAGAAAAGUGGAUUUGACGUGACUACAAAAUUUGUUGAAUUCAUAAGACGUUCUGAAAUAUCUUAUUCAGAAUUACUGAUAUUGUCAAAGGAUAACUCGUCUUUAGCAAAAGCAGGAGAUGUCAUUGAUGUAUCUGCUUGGUUUUAUGGAACGAGCUUUGCUUUCAAAAUAGAUCACUCUGCCAUUCUUGCGAUUGAAAAACUUAUCCAGUAUCUGAACCUGUAUUCAGAUUCAUUCUUGAAGGCAAUUGGCAAUCCGAAAGAAGCUUUUUUGGUGGGUAUGAACUUUACAGCAAAAGCUGGAGGAAACCUGGACCAAUGGAUCACCAUACCAUGGGAGAAUGGUAUUCUGAUGUAUGAUCGGGUGAUGGCAUCAUCAGAGGCCUCAAUACUGGAAUUUCACCACAAAAUUAAGACAGCCAAAAGUGGACUAUAAUGCUUGGCGGGGGGGGGGGGUGGCUGGUGGAGGUCGAAAGUGGGAACAUCUAUGGUAUAUACAGAGUUGCCGACUGACCGUUUUCUAUUUUUUUUCUUUCAUGUUUAUAGGUAGGUAGAGAUACCUACUUACUUAAUAGGUACUUAGUCUUUUUUCAAUUAUUUUUUUUUAUUUUUCUAUCAAGAUAUAAAUGUACCUUUGUCCAUGUAUUCGUAGUUCUAUUCUUGAAUUUCAUAGCAGAAGUUGUUCAAUAAAGAUAAAUUCUUUUAAUCAUG